AUGAGGGGGGAGGAGGCGGUGACCGCGGUGGCGAUGCCCGAGGCGGGCCGCGACGGCGAGCAGCCUCGGCCGCCCGCAGGCCUGGGGUGCGGGGCGCGCGGGGAGACCGGAGGCCGCGGCCCCCAAGAGUCCCGGAAGCAGUGGAAGAAAUUUUUAUAUUGUGAGCCACAUAAGAGAAUUAAGGAAGUACUGGAAGAAGAGCCUUAUAUUAAGAGAGAUGAAUGCCACAUUAAACAUCUACCUGCAGGUUUUUACUGCAACCCUCUUGGGUACCAGCAGUUGCUUGAAGAUAUAAAAGAACUGUAA